AUGGCGAGCGACGGGGACGUCGAUACGAGCAUUGAGCAGUGGAAGAUCAAGCGCCUCAUCAAGAACCUGGAGAGCGCCCGAGGCAACGGCACGUCGAUGAUUAGUUUGAUCAUCAAGCCGAAGGAUGAAAUCACACGAAUCAAUAAAAUGCUUGCCGAUGAAUUCGGCACGGCCUCCAACAUCAAGUCACGCGUCAAUCGUCUCUCUGUCUUGUCCGCCAUCACUUCGACUCAGCAGAGACUGAAGCUGUACAACAAGACGCCGCCCAAUGGCCUGGUCGUGUACUGCGGGACUAUUGUCACGGACGACGGCAAAGAAAAGAAAGUUUCCAUCGACUUCGAGCCUUUCAAAGCCGUCAACACUUCCCUUUACCUCUGCGACAACAAAUUCCACGUCGAGGCUCUCUCUGAGCUCCUUGAGUCUGACGCCAAGUUCGGGUUCAUCGUCCUCGACGGUAACGGCGCGCUUUUCGCGACUCUCCAGGGCAGCACAAAGGAGAUUCUUCACCGCUUCACAGUUGACUUGCCGAAGAAACACGGAAGAGGUGGACAGUCUGCGAUGCGUUUCGCGCGUCUGCGUCUCGAAAAACGUCACAACUACGUGCGAAAAGUCGCAGAGACUGCUGUGCAAAUGUUCAUCACGCAGGACAAGGUCAACGUCUCGGGUUUGAUUCUGGCGGGUAGCGCAGACUUCAAGAAUGACCUCGCGACCAGCGGCAUGUUCGACCCGCGUCUCCACGCCAAGGUCGUGAAGAUCGUGGACGUCUCGUACGGAGGUGACAACGGCUUCAACCAAGCCAUCGAACUCUCCGCCGAGGCGCUCACGAAUGUCAAGUUCAUUCAGGAGAAGAAGCUCAUCGGACGCUUCUUUGAUGAAGUCGCGCAGGAUACCGGCAAAUACGUCUUCGGCGUGCAAGAGACACUCCAGGCCCUCGAGAUGGGCGCUGUCGAGCUCCUCAUCGUCUACGAAGGCUUGGAGAUCCAGAGGCUGACCCUGAAGAACCCGCUGACGAAUGCAGAGAAGGUCGUUCACGUGUCGCCGGACCAGACGCGCAACGACCAGCUCUUUAAAGAAGACGGCGUUGAGUUGGAAGUCGCUGAGAAGAUGUCGCUCUCUGAGUGGCUUGUCAACAACUACAAGAGUUUUGGAACGACGCUUGACUUCGUCACCAACAGGUCCCAGGAGGGCGCGCAGUUUGAGCGCGGCUUUGGUGGGUUGGGAGGCAUUCUGCGCUACAAGGUGGACUUCCAGGAUUACGACGAAGUCGUGGACGACGAAGACGAAUUUAUCUAG